AUGGCACAGCACGCCCACAAGGAAAGGUGCAACAUAAAGAUUGUAUUUGUGGCCUUUAUUUUCUUAUUUUCUAUCUCAUUAUGCCCGUUUAUGCAAAGCCAACUCCUACAAAUGUUUUGGCUUCAUCUUCAGCUGGAGCACAGUACUUUGAUCUACCCUGUUCAGAACAACCCAGAUGUUACAACCCUGAAACCAACCAAUUUUUUUAACACAUUUUUUGGGACAAUUUGAGAGUUUACUGGUGAACGAUGAGACAGGAAUCGCAAAGUUAGCCUAGACGUAGCGUUAACAGAGUGAAGUCAGAGAGGCAAAUGCCUGAGCUUGAGUUGUGGCAACAUUCAAAGUUUUUAUCUGAUUUCCCACAGAUGGUAGACCAGGUAAUGUGGACCAGUUGACUGACUAAAGGAUAUCCUGGACCCUACACAAAUGCUAAAGACCCCCAGGGGCUUGUGAAGGCCCUAAUUUAUGUUCUACAGACUUUCAAGACUUUCAAGAAGCAAACAACAUCACAUGGUGAAUUGCCCUUUAUUCCUUUCCUACUAUUUGCCCAUUUCAAUUAACAUUUAAAUGAAAACUAUGUGUAAAUAUGUGAACGUGUGAAUUUCACAUUUGUGAAUUGUGAAAUCCAUUGUGAAAGGUUUUAUAUUUUGUUCUGAUGCAGGUGAUGAUGACAUCUUCAAACUGUGGGGAAAAGCUCAGAGUUUCAAUGAAAUCAAUCCCAGAGUCAACAUAUUGACAGACCCCACUUACUCCGAGCCACUUGUGAAAGUUAACUUGAUUUUGGGCCUCCUUUUCUAGGGCUUUAUCGUGAUAGGUAGGUACAUAACAUUUGACUGUCUUUUUACUGUAUGGAAAUGUAUUGUUCUGCUUCAUCAGUUGAUAUUGAUGUCAAUAUAAUAUAGAAUGUUCUGCUCUGUAUGUUAACAUGAGCAACAGCUGGGGUAUGUUGCAGCUACAAUGUUAUCAUGUUUGGUCUGUGCAUUGUCUGGCACUGAAGUCUGUAUUUUACACCAGUGUUUAUCUAUGACUUUGUUCGAGUCUCCAAGGAGGCCAGAAGGAGAUCUGAUGCUCUAGCUGAAGAGAAAACAACAACCCCCUGUUGA